GGAAUUUCAGGCAAUUUAGGGGAAAAUUUAGCAAAAUUUGGGGGAUUUUGGGGAAAAUUGGGGGGAUUUUUGGGAUUUAUGGGAUUUUGGGGCUGUUUUGGGCAACCCUGAGGGGAUUUUGGGGCAAUUUUGGGAUUUUUGCAGAGGAUGAGGACGAGGAUCUCGAGGGGUACCCCAAAAGUGUCCCCGGGAGGCGCCGCAGCAACAAGCAGUGGAACCGGCGGAACGAGCGGGGCGAGACCCCCCUGCACCGCGCCUGCAUCGAGGGCGACCCCAAAAGGGUCCGGCUCUACCUGGACCAGGGUCACCCCGUGAAUCCUCGGGAUUAUUGCGGCUGGACCCCCCUGCACGAGGCCGCCAACCACGGGCACCUGGAGAUCGUGCGGCUGCUGCUGGAGCGCGGCGCGGCGCGGGACGAUCCGGGCGGGCCGGGCUGCGAGGGGAUCACGCCGCUGCACGACGCGCUGGCCUCGGGCCGCUUCGCCGUGGCGCAGCUGCUGAUCCGCAGCGGCGCCGACCUGCGCGCCACCAACGCCCAGGUCAGCCAGAGCGCCCCCCAGUGGGGAUCCCUGCCACAGCUGGGGCAGCUUUCCAAGGGAUUGCACCGGGGCUCUUUUAGGGAUUUUAUGGGAAUUUUUUCUGG